AAUUACCAGAUCCUGACGAUAUCUGAUCCCGUGCCCAAUUGAAUAUCCACGACUUUUGUUCUACACACUCGUUACGUUUUGCUCCUAGUGUAAUGCGUCUAUCAACGUUACUUGUCGUCUUGGCCACAUCCUACGCGUCAGCGAGAUCAAACCGCUUCAAUGGACGAGAGGAGCAUGCAACGAGUGGCGGUAUUGGGGGAGUGAGACCGAUCGAUCGUCUUAAUAGGCGUACCAAUAACAAUCAGAUCUCUGAGCUAGACUGCGAACCGGUCGGCGAAAGCCUUAAUCUCAAGCCAGCACCGAUACGUUUUGAAGAUGCAGCUGUGCAGGCAGAGUUCGCUGGUCUCGCUCAUCUUCUUAUUGAGCAACGAGGAGAAUGGACACGAGAACGUCGGCUUCGAGACACUGCCAAAUGAUCCUGACGUCAACAACCCGCUUAGUCCUACGUUUCAGAGCGUUCGAGGCGAUCCCGCAACUGGGAAGCAGACAUCCACGCCAGAAGGACUUGCCGCGAAGCCUGCUAGUGGCGCCACAGUCAACGGGAGCAAGCAGCAGGUCAAUAGCGUACAGGAUCCUGGAGUCAAAUUGGGGUAGUAGCCA